UCGGCGGGAGAGAUCCCCCGGAUGUAUUUAACAUGCCUUACAGCCCCGAGCUCCAACGCCGCCUCGACUCAGACCCAGCGCUGCACAAUACAUCGAUCCUAGGCGUCGACCCGGGGAUCAUGCCGACCAAGAUCACGACCGGUCCUCUGAGCCUCCUCGGCCAGCUCGUCAUGUUCGUCCUAUCACAUAUCGCCAGUCGCGUCUGGCCCAGCGUAGUCCGCCUGCCGCACAAGUCCGCCAGAGACGUCAUCGCUGCUGCGUUCGGCACAGGCCCGCCUUUAAGCGAGCGCCCCAAGGGUUUGUAUCUGAAUGGGACUGAGAAGAAGCAUAUCAGUGCUGAGGCGAGGGAUCCAGAGAAGAGGGCGAGUGUACGGCAUGCUGGGCUCCGGGAGGGGGGGACGUGUCUGAUUGACUGAGCGUGAUGGAGUCGGCUGUUCUAGAGAUGUAUAACAGUUUCACGGCACGUAACGCUCUUCACACUUUUAGCCACGGCCCAUGUUGGCGGGAUUGUUGGUAAACCGUAACGUGCCCAGUACACACCUAGGUACCAAGAAAUCAUGUAAGUACUAGGUACAUACCUCGGUGCAUGCUACCUAGGUAUCCAUCACAAUAUUACUCCAGGUUAGUCAAUUAUUCUUCUACCAACAGUUGCAUUCACCUUACUGAAUAUCAC